CCCACACACACAUACUGCAACAUGGCACCCUCGCAGAUGAAGGCCCUCGUCGCGGCCGCCGAGCACACGACCGAGGUCAAGACGAUCAGCGUGCCCAAGCCCGGCGCCGGCGAGGUGCUGAUCAAGGUCGUUGCCAUCGACCUGAACCCGACUGACUGGAAGCACGCCAAGCUCAUGAGCCCGCCGGGCGUCAUCAUGGGCUGCGACUUCCUCGGCACGGUGGAGGACUCCAACGGUACGGACAUCGCUGAGGGCACCAAGGUUGCCGGCUUCGUGCACGGCGGCAAGUACGAGGACCGCGGCUCGUUUGCAGAGUACCUCGUCUCGCCGACGUCGGUGCUCACCAAGGUGCCGGACAAUGUCAAGGACGAGGUGGCCGUCAGCAUUGGUAUUGCCGGCUAUACGGCUGUUCAGGCGCUCUACAUCCGCCUCGGCCUCGAGAAGCCGACGAAGGACUCGACUUCGCUGCCGCAGCUUGCCGAGGAUGCGCCUCAGCUGCUCGUCUGGUCGGGCGCCACCUCUGUGGGCCAGUAUGCCAUCCAGCUGGGCCGCGCGUCGGGCUACCACGUCAUCACGACGGCCUCGCCCAAGAACCACGAGUACCUCAAGUCGAUCGGUGCCGCCGAGACGUACGACUACCGCGACGAGAGCACGCCGGAGAAGAUCGCAGAGGCGCACCCCAAGCUGAGCCACGCGCUCGACUGCAUCAGCGAGAAGGGCACGCAGAGCCUCGCCGCGCGCAGCCUGGGCAAGAGCGGCGGCAGCGUCGUGGUGCUGCUCAAGCCGGAGAAGGACGCCAUUGCGCUGCGUGAGGACGUCAAGAUCGUGCACACGCUCGCCUACGCGCUGCUCGGCAAGCCGUUCAACUACGGCCCGGCCGAGUUCAAGGAGGACUUUGUGAAGAGCGAGAACGAGAAGCUGCAGCCUUUCACCUCUGGCGGUAUCCUGCGCCACCUGCUGCGCAGCGAGCUCAUCAAGGGUAACAAGAUGAAGAAGAUGGACGGCGGCCUGGAGAGCGUGCCGCAGGGAAUGAAGUACAUGGAGGAGGGCAAGGUCUCGGCCGAGAAGCUGUACUACCUCCUCUGAGUCGGG